AUGCGGCCGUGGCGCCUGCUGGAGAGAAGAAGGGAAAGGCUGGGCAGCUCAGGAGGAGAAGCAUCACGUCCCCGCUGUGAGAGGUCCCUCCUGCUAGAAUCACUUUCUGAGGACUCAGACCUCCAUGCUGGAAACUCAAAAGAAAAUGGCCUGACUACUGUGCUGCUGACCCCUGGGUCCCAGGAACCAGUGAUCAGGGAUGUGGCUGAGGCUCUCACCAAGUGGGAGCGACUGAACUGUCCUCAGGGAGAUGUGCCUGAGAAGCAUAGGAAUCUGGUCUUACUGGGGCUUCCAAUUUCCAAGCCCAAUGUCAUCUCUCAGUUAGAUUGUGGGGAGGAGCUGGAGAACGAAGUCUCGAAAGCAACCAGCCCAGAUUGGGAGGCAAUACCAGAAAGCAAGGAGCUAACUCCAGAGAAGAACAUUUCUGAAGAGGAACCAGCCCUUGGGGUAUUAAUAGAAAGAUUUCCAAAGGAAGGUUCCAGUGAAUGCGAAAAUUCUUUAGAGAGUCAGCAGGAAUACCAUGAGAGACACUUAACACAAGAGGUUGUCACUCAGAAGAAAUAUGGGGAAAGAAGUUUCCAAUGUGAUGAAUUUAGAAGAAAUUUUAGUCGGAGGUCAUUACUUGUUCAGCAACAAGGAGAGAGACUACAUCACUGUGAUUCAUUUAAAAAGAGCUUAAAACAAAAUUCAGAUAUAAUUUGUGCAGGAAAGAAACCUUGGAAGUGUAAUGAAUGUGAGAAGGCCUUCAGUUACUACUCAGCUUUUGUCUUGCAUCAGAGAAUUCACACAGGUGAAAAACCCUAUGAAUGUAAGGAAUGUGGUAAAGCCUUUAGCCAGAGUAUACACCUUACGCUACAUCAGAGAAUUCAUACUGGAGAGAAACCCUAUGAAUGUCACGAGUGUGGGAAAGCCUUCAGUCACCGCUCGGCCCUCAUUCGGCAUCAUAUUAUUCAUACUGGAGAAAAACCCUAUGAAUGCAAUGAAUGUGGGAAGGCCUUUAAUCAGAGUUCCUACCUCACUCAACAUCAGCGAAUUCAUACUGGAGAGAAACCUUAUGAGUGUAAUGAAUGUGGGAAGGCUUUCAGCCAGAGCACAUUCCUUACCCAGCAUCAGGUCAUUCACACUGGAGAGAAACCAUAUAAGUGUAAUGAAUGUGGCAAAGCCUUUAGUGAUCGUUCAGGCCUUAUUCAGCACCAGAGAACUCAUACUGGGGAGCGGCCUUAUGAAUGUAAUGAAUGUGGAAAGGCCUUUGGCUACUGCUCAGCCCUGACUCAGCACCAGAGAACUCACACUGGGGAGAAACCCUAUAAAUGCAGUGAUUGUGCCAAAGCCUUCAGUGACCGCUCAGCUCUUAUUCGUCAUCAGAGAACACACACUGGAGAGAAACCUUACAAGUGUAAGGAUUGUGGGAAAGCAUUCAGCCAGAGCUCCUCUCUUACUAAACAUCAGAAAACUCACACUGGAGAGAAACCCUACAAGUGUAAGGAAUGUGGAAAAGCCUUUAGCCAGAGUUCUUCCCUUUCUCAACAUCAGAAAACUCAUGCUGGAGGGAAAACCAAGGAAUAUGUACAAACCUUUACUGAGCGUUUAGCCUUUGGCCAACAAAAAAGAAUUCAUACUGGAUGAAGACCGUGUAAAUGUGGUACAUUCAGAACAUAUUUAUUGAGCAUUUACAUGCUGUGGAGGCAAUAAAGAAAGUUAUAACUGUGUUACAAAAAAGUUAUUGAAAGCCGGACAC